CCCUGUUGAGGAGGACAGAGAUUCAAAGAUAAUCUCAAAGGAUGAGAAAGGCCGUGUGGGUAGUGGUUCUGGCAGAAAUUUGUGGGUUAGUGGACUUUCAUCCUCUACUAGAGCUACAGACUUGAAGAAUCUUUUCAGCAAGUAUGGAAAGGUGGUUGGUGCAAAAGUAGUGACAAAUGCUCGCAGUCCUGGUGCUCGCUGUUACGGCUUUGUUACGAUGUCAACAUCUGAAGAAGCCACUAAGUGUAUUAAUCAUCUCCACAGAACAGAGCUGCAUGGAAAAAUGAUUUCUGUGGAAAAGGCAAAAAAUGAACCAGCUGGGAAAAGGCCUUCAGACAAAAAGGAAGGUGAAACAAGGAAGGAAAAAGACAGGCAUCAUUCUGCAGAUUCCAAAUCUGAGAAGUCUGUCAGUAUUAAGAAGGAGGAGAAGAUUGACAAAAAAGAGGAUGCUAAGAAAUCAGAAAAGGAUGGAAAAGAUGAAAAGGAAGAAAAAGAGAAAGAUGAACAAAAAGCUGGAUCCUCUGAUAGAUCUAGGGCAAGCAAAUCAGCGAGUCGAGGCACCGAAAGAACAGUGGUAAUGGAUAAAUCGAAAGGAGAACCAGUUAUUAGUGUGAAAACUUCUACAUCAAAAGAGAGGAGUACAAAAAGCCACGAUCGCAAAUCCGAGAGCAAAGAAAAGCAAGAUAUUUUAUCGUUUGAUAAAAUCAAAGAACAGAGAGAACGUGAACGUCAGAGACAGAGGGAGCGAGAAAUCAGGGAAACAGAAAGACGCCGAGAGAGAGAGAGGCGGGAACGAGAACAACGUCUUCAAGCUAUUCAUGAGCGGGAUGAAAGACAGAGGCUCCAGAGGGAGCGAGAACGACUUGAAUUUCAAAGGCAGCGUCUUGACAGAGAGCGCUUGGAGAGAGAGAGAUUGGAGAGAGAAAGAAUGCACAUAGAGCAGGAAAGGAGACGAGAACAGGAACGAAUCCAGCGAGAUAGGGAAGAGCUGCGACGCUAGCAGGAACAGCUACGCUACGAACAAGAACGGCGAUCUGCCAUGAGAAGGCCUUACGAUCCUGACAGCAGGCGAGAUGACCCCUACUGGCCAGAGGCGAAGCGGAUGGCAAUGGAUGAUAGGUAUCAUUCUGAAUUUAGUCGUCAAGACCGCUUCCACGACUUUGACCACAGGGAUCGUGGCCGAUACCAAGAUCAUUGUUUGGACAGAAGAGAUGGUUCGAGAGGAAUACCAGAUCGAGAUGGGCAGCAUUAUCCAGAUGAACGCCACGGAGGGCCUGAUCGUCACUCCCGGGAUAGUUGGGGUGGCUAUGGGUCUGACAGAAGAAUGAGCGAAGGGAGAGGGAUGCCUCCACAAACUCGAGAUGGACGUGACUGGGGAGAUCAUGGUCGAAAGUUAGAGGGGCAUCAAGAUCGUUCAUGGCAGGGAAAUGUGGAUGGAGGAAUGAUGGGACGGGAUCAUGAGAGAUGGCAAGGUGGUGAUAGAAGCAUGCCUGGUCAGUCAGGACCAGGCCAUGUGAUGACUCGAGGAGGGAUGUCGGGGCGCGGAGGCUUCACGCAAGUUGGAAACCAGAGCCCAAUGAUGCAGAGUAGUGGAUUACAAGGAGUGUUUGCGGGCCAGGAGCGGACAAACAGACAGACAGAACCCCGUUUUACCCGCCGCUACUGA